UUCCACUCUGUCGCAUUCACCACACCUCGCCAUGUCGGACCGCCGUGACCGACGCGAUGAUCGCCGACCCGCGCGCGACGACCACCGCAACCACAAACCUCGAUACGAGCAAGACCGAUCCCGCUCACCACCACGGCGCGACCGCAGAGAUGACUGGCGGAGAGACCGCUCGCCGCCACGGGGCCCCUCGGCUCGCAAUGGCCCUCCUGGACGAUCAGAUCGAGACCGCGACUUGCAGCGCAGCCGCGACAACCAUGGCCCAGCCCCACCGCGAGGACCACGAGGCGGACCAGACGAGAGAUUGAGGCGUGAGCCAGCAGACAUUAAGUCCAAUGGCAUGGGGCCUAGAGGUGCGCCGAACGCGGUGAUUAAGGAAGAGUCGAAAGACGUGAAGAUGGAGCAGGCCUCAGAAGACGAAGACUCGGAAUCUGAGAUGCAACGGAUCAUGGGGUUUCGGGACUUUAGGACCACGAAGAACACCAAGGUUCCUGGAAACGAUAAAAAUUAUGCCGUGCACAAAGUCAAGAAGUCUGAAUACAGACAAUACAUGAACAGAGUGGGAGGAUUCAACCGGCCACUGGAUGCCAUGUGAGAGGACCAAGCGUGACUAUUGACGACGGGUGGAUGGGCUUGUCGAGGCGAUUGGGGCGCCAUGGGGAUUUGCCUUCUCGGCAUGCGGAGAGUGCGCCGCUAUUGGCCAUACAAACGGAAAAUGGUCCCCGAAUAAUCCCUGUCUUUCCCUAACACACUGAGCCACACAUGAUUUGAUGGCUGAACAGUACCGACGAAAAGGGCCAGAAAGAGAUGGGGAAGAUACGCAUUACUGGGCAAUCGGAAGCUACCUAACCUGCGACAAUUCUCCGCAAGAGCUCGUCAGGUAGCGUGUAGGCCAAUGUGCCCCGUCUCUUCUGUCUGUUACCCGCCGCAACAUAUUCUAUUUUCGGCGAAAGAGCGUCGUAGGGACGGCCAGCUCACGUGGACGCCUAAGGCUGCGCCAUUGCUCUCUGGAAGUCUUGAUGGUUCCAGAUCGGUCUUCCUUCCGCCUGGCCUGGACCGGAAUGAGACGAAGAGCUUCCGGAGCGAUAGCAUCGUCCAUGCACCAGAAAUUGGCACAUUGAUGGGGGGUUUUUUUUUUCAUUUGACCCAGUGUGCAUGAAUACCAGCAAAUAUCGCAAUGAAGCAGUCAAGCAAUGCUGUGUGACACACCAAGUCUGUCGCUAUUCUCCCUGGCACAGGAAACAGAGCGACACUUUACAUGUGAUCCCACCUUUGCUGCAACAGUAUACUCUUCCAAAUUUCUGCAUGUCUCAGAUCUACAGUCUGCAAGCGAGCUUAAUCAACCUGCGGAGCUCGGUAAAACCACAAUCCAGCACUUCCAAUCGAUAUGCCACCUCAGGCUUGGCACAGUCUUCACGUUACACCUGUCGGUCAUUCAACCACGCGACAACGUAGCGACUCUUGGGCCCAAGGGCAUUCGUGCAAGCUCUAUCGGUGGAAUAAUGGGUCCGCGCAAUGCAACCACGCUUCAGCUGCCGCCUUUGUCUAUUGCUGCUGUUAAACUGAAGCGCAACGAAUGAGGUAGCGGUGUCCAUCUGGACACUGCUGGACUCGCGCUCAAGAACAGUGUAUAUAUAGCCUCUGGUAUUCUGCUGUACUCGCAAC